CCAUCGUAUAGAACACAACCUUCAACUUCUCUCCACUGUUUCUGUGUUUCUGAAGGCGCCAAAUGCAACAUGGCCGUGUUCAACGCCAACAAACACGCCGGGGAAGAUAACUGCUUCCUGUUCCACUGUCAGACGGAGCAGGACUGUCCUUUAAUGAAGGCUCAGGACGGCAUCAACACCUACGACAUCUACAAAGGUUUGAUUCAUCCGACCACAGUGAGACCCUUAACCAUGACGACCACCACGGAACCAACCACCACCACCUCCACCACACCGGCCACAACUACACCAACAACCACACAACCCACCACAACAACCACCACACAAAGUACAAAAACAACACCACCAACAACCACAACAACCACGGCUCCAACCACCACAACAACAACCACAACAACAACCACCACCACGCAAGCUCCCGCCACCACUACAGCACCUCCAUUCAUCAUCAUCAUCGCCACAAUGCCUCCGGUAACUCCAGCACCCACCACGACCACAACUACAACAGCAGCUUCUACAACUACUUCUACUGCAGCCACCACCACGAAGAAGCCAAACAAAACCACUAAAAAGCAAAACAAAACAGCCAAGAAAGUGAAGCUUCAUCCCGUCGGCACCAUUACCUUCACCCGGCCGACGCAGUGCUCCACCACAUCACUUCCUUUUGUCACGGCCAAGAGGGAGGCUGCACCAAGAACUACUGACAAACCACUGCCCAACACUGAAACUACUACAACUACAACUACCACUACUACCACUACUACUACUCCUGCUCCAACCACUACCACUACUACUACUAGUACCGCCGGCCGCGGGAAGUCGGCAACAUCGUCGGCAACGCGAGGCACGCUGAAGAGCGGCGUGGUGGCGUUCAUGGUGCUCGGGCUCGCCGUGCUCACGCUGGCUCUGGCCGUCGGGGGCCGCAAAGCGAUGGAGUCCUUCGACAGACGGCACUACACGAGACUGGAGCUCAACGACCUUCACUACGAGGUGUGA